AUGUUCUGCGGGGAGUGCGGCCACCGCUGGGAGCCCGACGAGAUCGCGAGCGCGCGCUUCUGCGCCGAGUGCGGCGCCCCGCGCGAGGACGUCCCCCCUCCGGCGGCGCCGGCUUCUGAGCCCGCGUCGGUCCCUUACGGCUCGGCGGCUUCCUCCACCACGUCAUACGCGGCUCCCGCGCCAGUUGCGGCGCCGAGCUACAGCGCACCGACGCCUAGUUACAGCGCGUCGCCGGCCGCUGCGCCUUCUAUUAAGUGCGCGCAGUGCGGAGAGCCGUACGGAGACUCGACCGCGCUCUUCUGCGGAGAGUGUGGCGCCCACCGCCCCGCGACGGCGCCUGCUGCAGCCCCAGCAGCGGCUUCCGCAGCGGUGGAUGACGGAGGAGACCUCUUCGGAGUGGCGUCCACGUCGUACACCGCUCCAGCUUCAACUCCAGCGGCGCCAUCGCAGCCAGCUGGCUAUGGAGGAGGCUCCACCUUCGCGGCCUCUGCGAGCGUGAGCUACAACCCGCCGCACGCUGCAGCGCCGACGCCCGCAGCUGCUCCGACGCCGGCACCUGCUACCCCGGCCUACGACCCGUACGCGCCACCGCCGGCAGCCCCAACGUACGAUCCAUACGCGCCACCGCAGACCCCCGCUGCUCCUGUCGAGCCGCCGGCUUCGGUGAAUUUGGAGGCUGCGGCUCCGUCGGUCAGCAGCAUCAGCACGCUGCUGGCCAACCUGUCGGUCAGUGCCAAGCCGGAAGGAGAAAGGGACGAACCUGAUGGAAAGGGAGUGGGCGUGAGCAUCCGACAGGUUGUGCGCGCGCGCAACAUGGACUCGCUGAGCACGAGGCUGAAGAUCUCCAACGCCGUGGAGCGCAACCGCACCGACCCGCAGGAACGCAGCGAGGGUUACAACGUGACCAAAGUGAACGACACGAUCACGGUUGUCCAGAGCGAGCGCGCGGACCCGGCGGAGGAGCGCUACUACAACCAGCGCACGCUGCCGGACAACGGCGAGUGGCUGCAGAUCCUGCGCAAGAACCGGCAGGCCGGCACCAAGUUCACGGACCCGCAGUUCCCGCCGGAUGCGACCUCGAUCUUCCGCGACGCGACCAACCCGAAGUACCCGCACCUGCAGGAGUACAUCUGGAAGUGGAAGCGCGUGACAGACUUCUUCAACGAGACGGCCUACGUAGAGAUCACCAUGCUGGACGACGACAAGAAGCUCGUGUGCAGCAUGUCCAUCAAGAAACCGGCUGAGGCGGAGAGUAUUCUGGAGGUGAUCCGCCAAAACCCGACGCCUAUCGACCCGCAGUUCUUGAAGAUCGCCAAGGACGCAGUGACGACGGGUGUCACGAAGCGUAAGCGCGACCACCUGCUGCUGCUCACCAAGAACAUGAUUGUGCACAUGAGCGAGUUUGUGCAGGACGGGCUGCAGCGCUUCGAGUUGAUGUGGGAAAAGAGUCUGCUGGAGCACUACAAGCCGCUCGCCUUUGCCAGUGUCGGAGAAGGGUCGGGCUACCGUCUGGACGGCUCGGAGACCGGAGUCGUGUCGCGUGUUUCGGUCUUGGUGCCGGUGUACUUCCACGCCCAGGGCACUUGCCUCUUUGACCGCUCGCGCGAGUCCAAGGCCGCCAGCCGCAUCUCGGGCGUUGGCAUUAGCCCGGGAGACAUGCGUGUCGGAAGACUGGCGGAUGCGUUCGUGUUCGGCGCGCUGUCAAUUCUGUCAACGUCGCAGCUCGCGCUAUCGCAAGUAUUCCCCGAGCUGAGCGACGACUUGGUGCGGCCUGACCGCGUUGAGGUAGGUACGGCAUUCCCCAAGGAGCAACAGUACAACGAGGAAGGUGUGUACGCUGUGCGCUUCUGGCGUAACAACCGCAGUCGCGUGGUGGUUGUCGAUGACUACAUUCCCUGUAGUCAAUACGGUAAGCCCGUGUUCGGAUCGUUCACAGGCAGCAACGGCAAGUUUGAAAUCUGGUCGCUUCUGGUUGAGAAGGCGUACGCGAAGCUUCACGGUGGAUACGAGGCAAUUGUGGGCGGACAGGAGGUUUAUUGCUUGCAAGACCUCUAUGGUGGUGUUCCUGCGCGCUACAAACUACAGGAGAAGUGCCCGAGCGAGGAAGUCGCGUGGCAGACGAUCAGCAGCGCCCUUCAAUCGGGCUCCCUCGUAGGUUGCAGCAACGAAGACAUGGCGGCCGAGUUGCCAUCGGGGCUGCGUAAGACCGACGCGUAUGGCGUCAUGAAGCUUGUGGAGCUCGACUACCAGGGCGAGCAUACCCGCUUGGUGCAGCUUCGCAACAGUUGGGGCAUUGGGACGCACCAGCAACCUGAUAAGUGGAAGGGUUCCUGGUCCAACGAGGACCCCAAGUGGCAUAGCUUCUCACGUAUGCAGAAGGUGGAGAUGGGCUUCCAGUUCCGCGAAGACCAAACGUACUGGAUGGACUUUAGCGCGUUCUACUGCUUCUUCACGACUGUUAUCGAGUCACGAAACCUGUACAACUUCCGGUCUCUUCCGGACGGCAUUGGUAACCCGGUUUCCCCGAACCUAAGCAUUCACAUUGUGUCGGGCGAGUGGAACGGUAUUACCAGUGGCGGGCGUGACGCCAUGCACUUGAACCCGCAGGUGCAGCUCUUCUCUCCGGCCACGAACGGUUGCAACCUCAUUGUGCACCUGGAGCAGCCUUCUCGUCGAAUGAAGAUGGAAACGGAGUACAGUUCGUACAUUGCACCCGUUGUCGUGAAGAACGGUGAGCGCCAACAGCGCAAGAUCGAUCUCUCGCAGGAUGUGGUGGCUACGGGUACCUUUAUUUCCAACCGCAGUUGCGUUUUGGAGAUCCCGCUCAUGCCAGCUGAAGGCGGUAAGCCGUUCGUGAUCAUUCCUGCAACGUACGAUGGCCACCUGCCGUACCAGCUUGGCUUCUCGAUGACGCUGUUCACGUCGAAGCCAACGGCCGUGGUGCCGGUAUCGGACACGGGUUCAUUGCCCGUGUGCUGCAUUUGCCAGAAGGCGUUGUCAGGCACGUUCCGAACGUUCACCCACGAGCAGAACGGACAACGGAAGGUGGACCGUGUUUGCCAGGGCGCGUGCGUGGACGCCUACCGCGAGCGCAACACGCCUGUGUGUGUGGACUGCCACCAGCGCAUUGAAGUCGUCGAAGGUCGCUUCUCCGGUCGCAUGUUCACGCUUCCUGAUGGCUCCAGUGUGCACGCGGAGUGCAUUGAUGCGUACCAGAUCCGCACGUCCGAGAAGUGCAUCCACUGCGGCCACGCGAUCGCCGCCAUCCCUGGUCGGUUCGACGGCAAGUACUACCAGGUCAAUGGAGGCAAGUGCCACGGCGAGUGCAUGGAGGCGUACCAGAUGGCAACUGCCCAGCGCUGCGUGCACUGCAGUGAGCCUGUGGUCAAGAUCGCAGGCCGCUUUGACGGACGCUUCUACAAGAUCGAGGGCGAGCGCCUCGUCCACUUCGAGUGCUGGGAGCAGUACCAGCAGUCGGUGGCUCCCAAGUGCGUGCACUGCGCGCAACCAAUUUUGCAGAUCCCAGGUCGGUUCGAUGGCCGCUUCUACGAGUUGGCCAGUGGCAUCGGCAAGGUGCACUUCGAGUGCUGGAAUGCCUACCAGACGCUGGCGAACGCACCCAAGUAAGCGAAUACUUCGUACUGCUACUGAACAAACCCUUCUGGGUCAUC